CGUGUCUGAGACACGUUGACACUCCUUGCUGUGUUUACCAGCCGGCGUCUGUCAGCGGCCACGUGGGGGCAGCGCCUCCCUCUGGCGGCCCGGCGCGGGGUUUAUGGGAUGCAGGCGGAAUGCUGAGACGGAGCUUUUAUAUUCCAGGUGUUGCAACGAUUGUUCCCAGUUGAGUAUCCUGCUGUCGGCGUUACCCUGUCCGGUACAAACUGACUACCGCACCGCUGCCGGGUCUGACUGGGACUUUUGUCGUCCAAAAAAUCUUAUUUGUUAUAAUGGAGAACAAAACUGUUUUUAUUUUGCUCUGGUGCACAAUUUUCUUCUGCACAGCUGGAGCGCAGUCUGAUGGAAGCGAAACCCAAGACGAGAGAGUCGUGGAAGAGCUGGAAAUUGAAAGCAUGGUGAAGCCCCAGCAAUGCUCGGAGACCUCUGCUGUUGGGGAUACGCUGCACAUACAUUAUACCGGAAAGCUGAUGGACGGGAAGGUGAUUGACAGCUCACUGUCCCGGGACCCCCUCGUUGUAGUGCUGGGCAAGAAGACUGUUAUACCAGGCCUGGAACAGAGCCUUCUGGGAGUCUGCGUUGGGGAGAAGAUAAAGGCUACCAUUCCUCCUCAGCUGGCCUACGGGAAGCGUGGGUUUCCUCCAAACAUCCCAGCUGACUCUGUCCUGCAGUUUGAGGUGGAGGUGGUGUCCAUGUUCAAACAGACGUCCUGGCAGAAGGUCCUGAAUGAAGUGCUGCCGCUGGUGUGUAUGGGUCUGGUGCCGGGCAUGCUGUGUUUAAUAGGGUUCUACCUCUACUCCAAAGCCAGCGCCCCCAAGGUCUCCAAAAAGAAGUUAAAAGAGGACAAAAAGAACAAAUUGAAAAGAAAAUAAAGCUUUUUUAAUUUUA